AUGCGUACUACAGUAUAUGUGCUUCUUGGCGCGUUGGUAGCCUUUUACUUGAUUCUCUUAUUCAUACUAAAUCAGAUUCCUCAGGUUUCCGUGAAGAAGUUCGGAUGGCUCUCUUUAAAGAAGAUAACCAUACGACUUGGAUCGCAACAAAUUCGAAUAUAUAAGGUCGGAGUAAGAUUUAACUUCCACAAGGACAAGAACUCGCCCUUCAGAUUUUUCCACAUUGAGAUCAGCGGACUAUCUUUAGUUGUUAACGGAAUAGCUGACAAAACUGUCAAGGUUGGUGAAAAGGAACUAAAGUCACACAGUAAGGAGAAUGACGUAGAUCCGAAGAACCCUCUUUCUCACUUGUCAUUCUCAGUUCCAAAGAAAUUGAUUGACAAUUACUACUUUGAUCGUAUUUCUAAUCAAAUUGCUAUUCAUUUUUAUAAGACUUCGAUUGUCGAUCAAAAGAAACAUCAGAAAUAUACUACUGAUUACAUUCGGUUUGAAAAUAAAAUUGAAAAGGCUUUGGGUCAGAAUAAGUUUGUCAUAACACUGUUCAACGGUUUCUUGCAAGAGGAUACCGACAAAGAUAAUCUGGUUGAUUUUGAUAGCCUGAUAAAACUUUAUCGUAAUAUUGAACUUACCUUAUUGUGCGAUACAGUGGUAUCAUGUAAGGUUGGCCAAUUGGACAAACUUCACUUUGAGUUGAAAAACUUCCAUCUUUCUCUUUCCAUAGGUAAGUUGAACGUGCCGUUGGAUAAGUUUAGAAAUGAGGAUCCACUAAUACAGGAAGGAGCGGUGGACACUUCAUCUUCUUCUGCUUCCUCGAUAGAUGAAAAGUCAUCUCCUUCGAUUAGAGAAAACGAAGCUUCUCCAGAGCCUAAAAAGAUCAUAUCUAAGCUUCUGCUUCUACAGGAUUUACUUGAUCAUUUCAAUAGUGUUGAUUUAAAACUAGAAGACUUCCUGGUGAACUAUAAAAAGGUAAAAGUCAAUAUUUCCAAUUUCUCCUCAAGUUUGGCAAUUAAAGAAAGAGUGCCAUCGAAAAAGUCGGAUUUUUUCAAUUUCCUGUUGAAUAUGGUAGACACCAAAGUACUUCAUAUGUCAUCACCAUUUGUUGAGAUUCCUUCUUUCAACAACUCCUUGGACAUUGAUGCUCGUAGGUUGUUAGCGGCUAUCGAUAGAGUUAGAAAGGAUCCAUACACGUGUACUAAAGCUGAUAACUUGGAUUUGUCAAUCGACAACAGAUGCAUGAUCACCAAUCCGACAAUUGAUUUAUAUUAUGAUCAAAUUGAUUUUUUGAAUAAAGGUGGUGAUAAGCAUAAAGAUGAAAAACCCAAGGAGUGCUCUUCACUUUGGUUACUUCUACAUUUUUUUAGUGAAGUCACUACGAAGUUGACGGUUCUAGACCUUGAUUUAAAUAUCCAUAUUCCUCCAAAGGGAUUUGUUGAAUUUAGGAGAAAUUCCAAGGAUAAUAACAUUCUUACGUUUCAUUUAUCUUCCUUUGCUCACAAAUCCACUUCACGUAACUUUGCCUUAGAAUCAGGUUCUAUGAAAGGAGAGGCUCCAAAAUUACCACCAAAGCGCUCGAUUAUUAUCUCGCAAUUAUUCAAAUUUAAGCAUCUUCGUGCAAAUGCUGUGGAUAAUGUAAUUCAAAUCAAUAAAAUGAAUCUCAUGACUUGUUAUAACGUCUCCGAAGAAAAUAUAAGUGUCAGAUUUUAUAUCAAGAAAAUUGACUUGAAAUCAGUUAAUGAGGCCAUCUUCCAUAUGAUCAGAGAGAUUAAGGAUUGGUCGAACACUAGGUAUAAUAGAAAAUAUGAAUCUUUGCAAUUCAAAAAAAUGGAAACAAAAAUCGACAAUUGCAAUGUCAGUUCUGACAAGAAUAACGAGAACCUAAUUGUUGAUUUAGAUAUUUUUGAAAGCAUCCCAAGUGUUAUUUCAUCGUUUAAGAUUCAUAUUACUUCUAUAGAAGCAGAUAUCACAUGUAAAGAUGGUCUUCCAUCACAUGUGUUCUUGAAUGAAUAUGACGAAAAAAUUGAUUUGGCUGAUUUCAGGAGAGGAAUAAGUUUAAAAUUCCAGAAUAUCGAGUUUAAUUUGAAGGUCCCUAAAAAAGAAAUCGGAGCCUCCAUUAAAGCUAUUCAAUGUUUCACAUUGAGUGAAUAUGAUGCAGAAUACUCCCCUGAACAUGACAUGGGAAUUAAUGAAAUUGCCGCAGAUCUGGAUUUCAGUGAUGUUGCUAGUUUCGAUUCCAACGUAUUCAAGGGAUACACUUCCGGUGGAGCAAUUAAAAGCUCUUCUAACAUAAAUGGGCCGGAACAAAGAGCUAAAAAAGUCCUCCACAUUCGUGAUAUUGAUGUUAGUAACAAAAAUGAUGCACAUGAUGCUAACAAGCUCUUCUUAAGAAUACCAGAAAUAGAUGGUAGAGUUACCAUGUUUUUGGUUUGGUGCUCUCUUUACGCUAUUCUGUUGGGUAAAUAUUUUGCACCCACUGUCCAAAAAGUUUGUACUAAGCAACAGAUGAAAGAAGUUUCUGAGCCAGGUGGUACUGUCACAAGGAAAUUAAAAUUAGACAUUCUUGUUGAUUCAAUUGCACUGAUUGUCAGAUUACCUAAUGAUGUUGACAUGCUUUUGGAAGUAGAUACAUUGAGAGUUUCUAAUUCGUUAGAUACUAAGAGUGUUAGGUUUAAUACCGCAAGGGCUUACGUUGUGCAUCCAUCUACUAAACUCUGGACAAGAUUAAUAGUUAUCAAGAAAUCGCAGGUUCUCUUGAAUGGAGAUUUCUCCAGUACAACUAUUGAAAGUGAUGGGAUCAAAUUAAGCAUCCCUUACCAAUUUAUGUUCUAUACAGUUAUUGACAAUGUCAUCACAUUUUUUAAAGCAAUCAAGCAAAUUCAACAUAAUUUCAAAGAUUUAGUCAAUGGCCGGGAGAGCUUUGAAAAGAUAUUCCCAACUGAGAAACCAGCUAUUGUUUUUCCUAAUGUUAAAGUCAAGACAAAAGGAUUUUUCUUGACAUUAGACAAUGAUCCGUUUGAAACUGAAUUGGGAUACAUUUUUGAAUUGGGUAAACUUGCAAAUAAGGAAAGGCUCAAACUAUCAAAUGCUUUGGAUAAAAAGUGUGAGCAGCUUCGAAAGGAAUCUUUGGAGAGUAGAAUUGAGCUAACAGAAGAUACCCCGAAAGCAAAAAGUCCUCUUAGAAAUGAAAUUCAAUUAGAAAAUGUGAAUGGAUUGGACCCUGUUUUAGCCGAUGAAGUUAUAGAAGCUAAGAUAAAAGAAGCUAGAGAUGAAUUCAAUAUUGGGGUUGGUAGAGGGUGGAUUCAAAAGUACAAGAAGGUUCGUCAGACAAAGAUUGAAAGCAAGAGGUCACAAUUUAAUAGAUGUUGGAAUGAAGCUCCAAUUAAUAAGACUAUGUUGUCAAAAUUUGACAUUCUUAAUUACCCUAUUGGAUCCAAUUUAUUGACUAUGUGCUUUUUGGAUUUAGACUUAGAGUUUGAUAAGGUAGCUACCGAAAUUCAGGAAAAUUUGGACCAGUUUAUUUUCGAGAAGGCAAAGGGGCAACCCAAGCAAAAAUAUUCUAUCUUAAUCCCGAUGUUUAUAUCGCUAAAAUGUAAGGGGUUGUACGGGUUUCUUAAAGACUACCACUUACCUUUAAUUUCAUUUCCCAAACAUUCACAAGAAGAUGCUGAGCCUACCUUUACAUUGAAAGGUAAUGUUGUCAUUAACGAGACAUUAUUCAAACGCCCAGAAGAAUUGAGACAUAUUUUUGUUCCGUUUUCCCCCGUGUUACCAAAUGAAAAUUACGAUGACACAUUUUAUUCAGUUUUUAUACCUCGUACUCUAACUCCAGUUAAGUUUGUGGUAGAUCUUGAAUGUGAUAUUGAUACAGACAGAGCGUGUGUUCUUACCUGGUGCAAAUCCUACGAGGCUGGAAUUCUGGCUGCUAUGUCUGCCUUGGACAAUUUUACCAAACCUCAAAUUGACGACAGUCCCUUGGGUUGGUGGGAUAAAAUGGCUUUAUUGUUGCAUGGUAGUUUUAAGUGUAGGGUUUCAAAUGAACUUUGUCUCCAUAUAAAAGGAUCUACUGAUCCUUAUGACCUAGUGGGUAAGGCAUCUGGCUUGGUUUUUAGCUGGAAGAAUAAUGUUCUUUUGACAAUUGAUGGUAGCUCAGGAAAGCAAGACCAAAUUUUGAUGGUAACAAGUGACGAUUUCUUGUUGGCGAUCCCUAAUUAUUCAGUGAAAGAAAGUAGUUCAUGGAGUAUCCAUCAAGAAACUUCAUACUUGGGUAACGAUUCUCCAAUUGAUUUCGAAAGUGCUGAGGCAAAAAAAUAUCAAAAGCGUAUAAUGAAAUUGUCCUCUGAUGCUAAAGUUAAGUGGAAGGUUGGACUUUUAUUUGAAAGAAAUAAAGAUAUUAAUGAUACGUUAUUGUCAAGUGAUCAAGAGCGAGUAUCAGAGUUCAAACCCCAUUAUGAUGUUGAAGUGACUGGACCUGCUUAUAAGUAUCAUCCCGAUUCCUAUUCGGGAUUCAGACUGGACUACUUACAUUUUGCUAUUGGAGUAGAGCUGAAGCCAAUUGAUAGCAGUUCAGAGAACUGCCACAAUGCAUUAUGUUUGACUCCAUUGACAUUCCAUUACUUUUUCCAUUGGUGGGACUUAAUGACUAAGUCAGUCUCUUUACCGGUAAAACAGGGUAAGUUAUUUGGAAUAACAGGUAAAGAUAAGUCUCAUGUCAAAAUGGGACCUCACCUUUUCACUCUCAAAUAUCAACUUAUUUUAGAGCCCUUGACAAUUUCCCACUUCUACAUGCACUCGAGUACUGAAGAUUUAGAUAAAAAUAAUAAAAUUGCCUUCACGGGUUUGAAGGGUAAAUUUAAGAGUUGUGCUAUCGACUUGCACCAAAGAAAAGAAAUUGUUCGCUAUGUGAAUGAAAAGUUGAAUAUUAAUAAUAAGGUAUAUCACCUAAAAAUGAACAAAGGAGAAGUCAAUAUCAAAGAUUCUGAUAUUAGAGUGGUUUCUGCAAUUUUCGAAGAAAAACUGAUAAGAGGUUAUUUAGCAACUCAGAUGGGGGCUACUCUGUCUCAAUCGCUGAGUCAUUUUCCUCUGGAAGUUUCGACUCUGUCACUGCUGGGAAAUUAUGACUUUUAUGGUGCAAAUUUAUUUUCAAAUGACUGGGUUGAUACAGAUGAUUUUGUUGAAUUAGAACAGAGAGAUGUGUUAUCUGCAAACCCAAGAGUUCAAAUAUUCCCUUUUUUCUCUUCACCUGCCUUUUCUUAUGUGAGAGAGUUCUCUUUUACUAAUGGAGGUAAAUAUCCUUUUGGAAGUGAGCUAUCUCAUCAGUGUGUCUUGGGACGUACGAAACCAGAUGUGGUACAGCAAAAUAUCAUCCAACAAAGGAUUUCCACUUUGCUGAAUGCAAUAAUUGGUAAUGAAAAGUUAUUAGAAAAGUCGGUUGACUUCCGUCAAAAAACUAGAGCUAAGAAGGAGAUCAAAUUAUUACAUGAAAAAUUGGAUGUGGUUAGAGCAUUGCAGCAAACUUUGGAGGAAGAAGCUGAAGAAGUUACUCAAGAUGAAGAUGAUACUUCAUUGAAGUCGGGUAGCAGUGGCAAGUCACUUUCAAGAGUAAGUACUGCAUUAUCUUUAUAUACAUCUCAUGUGGAAGAAGAGGAUAUGAUACAUACCAGAAUCCUAAAUUCUGAUGCAUCUCACUACCAUAAUAGAUUCAUUAUUCAUAAUAUGAAGUUGCAAUGGUAUAACAGGUUAAGAAAUGUAUUUAUCGAUUAUAUUCAAAGAAUAGGAGAUAGAAGAAGUGAAGUCUACUUUAUGAGUAAACAGGCAGUUGAUUUGGUUGAAAGUAUAAUCAGAGAUCUGAAGACUGAGGAAGACAAGCUGGAUAAUGAAGACAUAGAAAGCAAGAAAACUGGUACUACAGUUGAGGCAGAAGAACCAUUGCUUAACUCUUGUAAAAAUAGUGACGAUAUUAUGACAAGAUUUGAGAAAAUACUUUCUGAGACUAAAGGUGAGGAGGAAGUACAAAGGAGCUUUUUAGUGAAGCUUAUCCAUCCUCAAAUCCAAUUGAUUAGUAGUAAAGAAAAGUCAUCUUGUGUGCUUGUUACUGGAAGAGAUUUAGAGUUGCAUAUUUUGUCUAUUAAUAAGCCUGGCAUGAAUGACAUUAUCAGUGAAAGUAGUGCUGUCGCUGGCUUAAUUGAAAGCAGAUACGGUGUUCUUUUCAAUGACCAGCAUGUAUACGUUUUUAAUAAGGAUGAUGGUAAAAAGGAAAAUAACCAUGACCAUGAUAUUUUCAUGGGAUCAACGUUAAGCGAAGAUAAAAGUUAUGAUCCAAAUGGUAAUUGGCCACCGUGGAUUGAUCUCGAGACCUUCUAUGAGAACAGGUGGCUUGAGGACAAACUCCUUAUUGAAAGGAACUCGAUUGCUAUGCUUUAUCAUAAAAAGAAUCCUUUAUAUACUCCUGAUGAUGCUUCAAUGGAAGUUGCAGAGUACCUGGGCGUUAUUCCUACCCAAAAGCUUGCAGACACUUUAGACCUUUAUUUAUCUAAGGUCGUGAUUAGUGCAACGCCUAAACAAUAUAAAGCGGUACAAACCGUCAUUCAAGAUCUAAUUAUUAAAAGUAAAACAAAAAGAGAUGAUAGUUUAGAGAGACUAAAAAAGGUGAUGGAAUUGACUGAUUCUAGUGACUUUGAAGGACUUGAUGAGAGGGUCAUAUCCUUACAAAGAAAUAUUAGAGAAUACAGAGAUAUAUUCUUGCAAUUAGAACUGAGGGGGAUCAAAUUAAGUGCUCUAGAAAAUCAGCAACUUGAAAAUUUGGAGAUUGAGCUAGAGAGAAUGAAAAUUGAAUUGGUGGUGUUAAUGAAAGGUUUGAGACUAAGAGGUAAAAGUCGCUCAAGUGAAAAUGCAGUAAGCAAAAUUAGAAGUAUCUUUGCUGAUCAAAUCAUUUUACACUUGUUGAAAGAAGGUAGAGAACCAUUCAUAGAUCUUGCAUUGGCAAAGCUGAAGUACACAUUACAUCAACAUAUCGAUGGUGCUAAUUUUAAUAAACUUGAAAUAAUGAUGAUCCAAGGUUUUAAUUUACAGAAAGACUCGGUUUACCCUGAGUUACUUAGACCAAUGAAUGAAGUUACUGAAGCUCUUUCGAAUGACUCCACACCAAUUAUUGAGGUUACUUGGAAAAUGUUGAAACCUGUUGGAGGAAUAGGAAUUUUGGAAAAGGCUCGAUUGGCAAUCCAACCAUUGAAAAUUGAGUUGGAUUACUAUACUGUCACUACCUUGAUGACAAUGUUAUUUCCAAAAUCUGAAGCUUUAGCAAAUAUCGAUGAAAAAUCUCCAAAAACGAGUAAUAUUGAAACAACUGUUUAUGACGAAGAACUAGACGACAGUGAUUCUGGCUCUCGACACAGCCUGCAAUUCAGUCGCGACUCUCCUAAUGGAGGUGGCUCGCCAAUUGGCUCUAAGAAAUCUCAUAAUCCAUUCAAACGGUUUAUUCAGAAGAGGAUAUCCUCGUCUCCUUCUAGUACGACACUCACUUCCGACUCUGAUUCUGCUGCUCUGUCGAUUAUGGAAGUCCAAACUAAGGAUUCUUCUGAUUCAUCAUCGAUGAGAAGUCACAAUGAAAAGAAGUCAAGUAGUGGUUCUUCUUCCAGAAAAUCUAAAAAAACUUUAUACACUGAUGAUAAAGAUGAUAUUGCACUAAUUAUCGAGAGAGCAUCUAAGUACUUAAGUGUGGUUGAUGUUGAAAUAACUAAAGCUGAUUUAAUGAUCAGCUUUAAAGCACCAAAGCAUUUAAAUAUAAUUGAUGUUCAUAAAUUGAAGAUCACCUUGCCAACAUUGAAUUAUAGAUAUAAAAUCUGGUCUGCAGAAGAUGCUAUGAUCAGGCUCCGUAAAGAUAUCAUCAAGAUUGUGCUUGCACACUCAGGUAAAAUUCUUGGAAACAAAUUCAAGAAUAGGAAUAGGACGACCAGUGCUCAGCCGUUGAAGCAAAUUGAUGACUACAAUACGUUUAUGUCUGUAAAGGAUUUGCAGCUGGAUGGGAGAUCAAGAGAUUCAAAUAAGUCUCCCCCAGUCCAUAUUCGUCCUCACUUACCCCAUGCUCACCACACACUGCAUACUUCAAAGGAGAGAGUUAGUAGAAGGACUUCAGAAAACAUUGACCAAUACUUGACAAGCAUUGAUUCUAAUGAAAAUGAUGAUACUGAGGAAGGAGCUGAUAGAGAAGUGGAAGAUGAUGAAGACGAUGAAGAUGACGAAGAUACGGAAUUGAAUGAAGAGAGCGAUAUUGAAUCUGAUAGUCCGGAAGCGAAAUGA